AUGGACGAAUUGUCUAAGGGCAUGUCACAAACAGGAAGCACUGCUGUAACUGACAAAACUCAAGAAAAAGAUGGCUCGUCGACCCCGCUGGUGUACGUGAGCGAGUCGUGUCUGGAGUGCGAGCGUGUGCGUGCGGCGUGCGAGCGGCUGGGCGCGGUGGAGGUGGCGCGCGCGGGCGACGCGCUGCCACCGCCGCAACAGCCGCCCGCGCCCCCCGCCUACCUCGUGACGACGCCCUUCGAAGGCGAGCUGUUCGACGUCGCCCACAGGGCCAAGUACAGGGUGCUUGGACCGACGGCGGUACUGCAACUGGCUGAUCGCGACGAACCUCCACCCGCAAACGCGCGGCCCCUUUACUCAUUGGCGAUGCGCGGAGCGGUCAUAUGUUUCUCGGGCUUCCGAAAGAAAGACGAACUGACGUACCUGAUAACGUUGAUCCACUACAUGGGCGGCUCGAUACGCAAGGACAUGUCGAGCAAGGUGACACACCUGAUCGCGGCGGCGGCCACCGGCGACAAGUACCGCUACGCGACGGGCUUCGGGCUGCCGGUGCUGGCGCGCUCCUGGGUGGACGCCUGCUGGGAGCGCCGCGACGACCCCGCCUGCCUCGCCACCGACGAGCUGGUCAUUAAGGAGCACAAGCUGCGCGUGUUCGCCGGCGCGCGGGUGUGCUUCGUGGGAUUCCCCGAGGACGAGGCGCAGCACAUGGCCGAGGUGCUGGCGGGCAACGGUGGCGCCACCUGCCCCCUAGACGACCCGGACUGCACGCACGUCGUAAUGGCCAAUGGGGAGACUUUCGGUCGUUCGCUUGUCCUCUCGCCUCCCACGAACACGCCCAACACUUCCGCGAAACCCUCCCGAACCAGCCCGAACCGUUCCCAAAACACGCCCAAGAGUUCGCUCUACCGUAGGUUGUCCGCUCGCCUCUCGGGCCGCCGCACCAGCCCCAGCAAGCUCAGCGCUGACCACGAGCAUAGUAGCUCACAAGACCAAAGGGAGCAGCGCUUGCAGCGCGCCCGAAACAGUAUUACGUGCAACCAAAGCAAAGACGAACCGGACAACUCUAUAUUUAGUUACGUCGGCAAGUCGUUUAUUGACGAUUUGUGCACGAGCGGCGACAAGAACCAAAGCACUAGUCAAACGGAGCCCGUCCAGCUCCGCCUACACAGAACUUGUGGCAAAGAGAACAAAUACGAAUCUCAAGCUCAUAACGGAAAUCGACUCGGUAGCAAGGAUAAGAGGGAAGUGUUUAGAAAUAAGUCCAUGAAUGUUUUCAACUUGGUGGAGUGUCUAACAGAAGCGGGAUCUAUUCACUCGUCAUUAACGAAAAGCUUAUGCGAUUUAGACUGUAAGGCGGAAACGGGAUUUAUUUUGCCCGCAUCGGCCGUCAGUAAGGAGUUACAGCACUCGACGACAACCAUAUCAUCCGGUAAAAAGAGGAGCCGAAAUUCGACCGAUUCAAAUUUUCAAGUUAGCUUAGUCGAUACAAAUAUCUCACCUGACAAAUGCGACGAAAGUAACUGGAAAUCUAUAAAAAGGUUAAAGAUCAAAGAUUCAUUUAAAUUUAAGAAUAGACCCACCAUUUUUAAGAAAACCAAAAAGGAGCCCGUGUCUAAGGCCGCUGGAGACAUAACCGUAGAGCCGGUGACCCCAGACAGUGUAAAACCCACAGACCCGGCUGGAGAAUUCUUAGCUUCGACGUCGUCUCCGAUCAGAGAGGACGAUAACGCAUCUAUUUGCUCACUGAACGUAAGCAAACAAUCGGGAUUCUUUGACAUUUCCUUCGCGUCCAUCCGUAGCUCGAAGACGGUCAAAUCGGCAUCCAAGCUGAGGAGGAGCGUUAAAUCGUUCACGGCUUCCUUCAGAAGCGAAAGGAAGAAGAAGUAUGAGAAAAGACUCGAGCGCAACACCGUCGAGGUUAACGCGUGUCACCUGCCUUCCGACUUGAAGAAUGUCUCCACGCCGAAGAGGGAGCCGGACGAGAUGAACUUAGAUAUAUCGCCAGUCCAGGUUGACACGAUCGACAGCACAGACAUGAGGACACCGCACAAGGAGGACGCCGAGCCGGGCGAAUGCGACGAUUCUGUCGUAUUCAAGACGCCGCAGAGGGUGUGGUUAAGAACUCACCGGCAUUCGAUUUGCGGGGGCGCAGAUCUCAGGUCGAGCCUGUCGCACGCGAGCAACUCGCUCCCCGCCGGCCCCUCCCUCUCCCGGGCCCCCUCGCCCUCCCCCGCACCCUACCCCUCCCCCUUCCCCUCCCCCGCUCCCCGGCCCGCCCGCGACCAGCCGCCGCCCGCCUCGACGCCCCCCACCCGCGACGCCCGCGCCAUUUCGCAAUGCCAUGGACUAUCGCUACCGGUGGUGGAUGUACACAACACAGGAGUAGCGCCCGAAUGUUCGCCGAGAGUGCAUAUAGUCAAAGCUGAGUGGUUCUGGGCUUCGGUACAGAACGAGGAGGCACAGGAUGAGCGGGAGUUUCUAUUUAAAGAUUACCUGGAGGAGUUGUCGCGGCGGUCGUCGGUGGGGGGCGCGUGCGCCUCGGGCGCGGGGGGCGUGGCGGGGGGCGGCGGCGAGGAGGCGGGCGGCGCGGGUACGCCGUCGCAGCUGCAGCGGCUGCGCAAGCGGAAGCUGCGCGGAGGCGACGCGGCGCUGCACAAGCGGCGCUCGUCGCUCAGCGACGCCGUGCUGCUCAGCCUCUCCGGCAACCUGCUCGACUGCACGCCCUCGCCCGACGGCAAGCAGCUGCUGGAGGAGUCGGAGGUACCUGAUAAUGUGGUGCGAAAACUAAUGUCCCCAAGGCAGCAAGUCUUCAUGGAGUUAUUGCAAACAGAGUCAAAUUACGUAGGGAUAUUACACACUAUAGUCACUAUGUUUAAACAACCCUUAGAAGAAAUGGCCGAAGAGGAUAGCAGCAAUGGAAAAAGUCAAGCAUUGCUCAAUAAUACUGAACUUAAAAUAAUAUUCGGAAACUUACCGCCUAUUUACGAAUUACACCAGCGAAUGCUUGAAGAGCUACAUUACGCGCAGGCUCAUUGGAGCGAGGAGGUGAGCAUCGGGCGGCUGGUGCUAAGAUACACGCCCGACAUGGUGAAGGCCUACCCGCCCUUCGUCAACUUCUUCGAGAACACCAAGGAGAUGCUGCAGCAGUGCGACCGUGAGAACCCCAGAUUUCAUGCAUUCCUGAAAAUAUGCCAAACGAGACCCGAGUGUGGCAGGCAGAGCUUACAAGAGCUACUAAUUAGACCUGUGCAGCGGUUGCCCAGUAUAAGUUUGUUGUUGGAUGACAUCCUGAAGCACACGCACAAGAACAACCCCGACCACGCGGCGCUGGUGUCGGCGCUGGCCGGGCUACGCGAGGUCAUGUCGCACAUCAACGAGGAUAAGCGCAAGACCGAGGGCCAGCUGCAGAUGUUCGAUAUCUACAACGACAUCGACCAGUGCCCGGCGCAUCUCGUCUCGUCACAUCGGUCAUUUGUGUCCCGUUGCGAAGUCGUAGAACUGUCGAAAGAGCUCUCUGGCAGGGGAGAUCAUCUUGUACUAUUUCUGUUCACCGAUACCAUGGAAGUAUGCAAAAAAAGAUCCAAAGCUUUCAACAGCAAAAGUCCUACAAACGGAAUGGGCACUAUGAGAAUAGGUUCGAGUAAACCUUACAGGCAUAUAUCGUUAAUGCCCCUUAGUACGGUCAAGCGCGUCGUGGAUAUUAGAGAAGCAGAGGAUUGUCAUAACGUUUUCGCGCUUAUGUGCCGGAGCAAUCAAGAGCUCAAAGAGAAAUUAUAUUCAUUUAUGAUUACGGACGAAACGGUCGACAAGUCCUAUUUUCUACGACAGCUAUGCAGGCAAAUGGCCAACACCGUCUGCAAAGCUGAUGCCGACAAGUUUUUGGCGUGUCUGGAGUCACACCAACUCGACAUCGAUACGAGCGAUCUCGCACUUAGUACACUCUCCAGGGUCUCCAAGUUUGCAGCCCGGACGCGAAUAAAGCUGGAGGCGCUGGCCGGGCUUGGCGGCUGGCUGCGCGCCGAUCCGGGCGCCGCGCUGCUAGACACAUGGGUAUUGCGCGCUCACUUACUCGCACAGGUGGGCCGUGCGUUGUCCUUCAACAAGACUCCGUCGAAGCUGAAGCGCGCGAUGUCUUCGAUGAUCUCGCCCUUUGGCUCCACAUCCAACCUGACCCCGGCAUCGCAACUGGCCCAGAUGAGGCUGGCCAGUUGCAACAAUAUAAACGAGAUGGGCACGAGCGGCGGCAGCGGCGGUGAGGGCGGCGGCGAGGUGCUGGUGGCGCCGCUCUCCGUGCAGCCGACGCGCAAGGCGACGGGCCCGCGCGCGUCCUCCGCCCUGCGACGUUUC